GGGUUUAGUUGAUAUCGAUUUCGAUAGUAAUAGUUUAAUUCGCUUCAUUAAUCCAAUAUGGGUAAGUUCGUGGUUGUGUUACUAUCCCUCACUUCAGUGGGUAUGCUCGCCUCCUGUGACAUACCCAAUGUUUUUGAGUUUUGCACUGCUCUCAUGUCUGACAAACAAAACUCUUGCAAUACGGCAACAUGUCAAGGAAGGCCAGGCAAGAGAGGCCCAGUUGGCUCUCAAGGAAACAAAGGUGCGAAAGGUGACACUGGCGCAACAGGGACAUCGGAAGCACUUGAAGCAAGAGUAAAACAAUUAGAAGAUACAAUUAUCAUGAUGAAGAAAGUCUUCACACCGAAUAAGAAACUCGAAUUUUGCGCAAUGGGCAUGAAGUCCAGAGACAUUGCGGAUGCGGAUAUCUCAACCUCUUCCGAUUGGGAAAGUUUUCAUCAUGGACAAUAUGGAAGAUUAGAUGAACAGCCUGCAUCAAACCCAAAAUCAUAUGGAGCAUGGAUUUCUCGGAAACCUCAAAUCGGAGACUGGAUUCAAAUCGAUUUAAGAAUGCCUAAUGCGGUUUCCGGAAUUGUAACACAAGGUAGACCAGCAAGUUAUGAUCAAUGGGUGACUGCGUAUAAAAUCAAGUGCGGAAAUUCUUCAAACUGUUUCCAAACUAUCAUGGAAAAUGAUCAAGAGAAGGUAUUUCAAGGAAAUAAUGACCGAAAUACUUAAGUCACCAAUAUAUUUCCCAAUCCACUGGUUUGCCGCUACGUGCGACUCUAUCCACAGCGUUGGUACGGACAUUUGAGCAUGAGAAUGGAAAUACUUCGUGGAGAAUGCUAUGAUUUCUACUGAGGAAUCAAUCAAAAUUUUGAGUUGAAUUUGAUAUUGAAUUGAAAUGAAACAAAAAUGUGAGUUUCUCUUAUUAGAAAUUUGUUGUUUCAUUACUCUAUGGCCAACUUCUGAUCUUUUUCUGACUUGUUGUGAUGUCAUGGGUACUUCUAGAUAACCACUAGACUGAAAUGUCACAAACUUUUAUAUCGUAAAAGAAAAACCACAGUGAAACACAGCUCAAUACAAGACAAUCGCAUUGGACUCAAGAGAGAAAGAAUUACGAGAAACCAAAAAAGGCAUCAUGGUUCCAAACCUAGUUAGUGUGAAAAAGCGAUGAUUCGAUGAAAUUGUCUUAUGAAACAGACUUUGAUAAUAGGCUAUACGUUUUGU